AAGGGAGAGAAAGUGGUUUAAAGAUUUCAAAACCCCCUUCAAUAACUACGUUUUUCGUAAAUAUCUCCUUUCCUUUCUCAUGUAUCUCAUUACAAAUUCUAUGGUACAUAAUAUUCAACAGUGUUCGUUUCCUCUCUAGUAUUACCUUAUUACCCUUUUAAUUGUCCUGCACUAAAGCGGUUCUAAAGUUCUAAUUCUUCUGGAUUCUAGCCGAUCGCUAUAACAUGUAAUCCACUUCGCGGCUGAAUCUGUUCCCUCGUUCACUCGUAUUCCUACGACGAAUUGGAAAGCACAGCUUGCGCUGUACUUUUCGCUCGGAAGAGGAAGAAAUUCGUCGAAGUUUCCUUGGCACACAGCCGAAAAUCUGUUCAACGCAUGAAACUCUUGCUACCAACUACAAUCAUAUUUUCGUGAUUUCAAACGAUUCUCGGUGAGAUGACUGUCAACGUUGAAUUUCAUUGUUGGUUACGGUUUAAACGUGAUAUAGGUACUUAAGUAGAGUUACAUUAUAGUUCCAGUACUAAUUACAAUUUAAGCUGUCGAGAUUCGCCGAAAGGGUGUAAUGAUACUUCAAUUAUUUGCUAAUAUGUUGAAACAGUGAAUAUUUCAUUGAUUUGGGCAUUUGUUAAUUUUUCUUUUUACGAGAAUUAAUACAAUUAAUUUUAUAAUAAAUUCAUUGUAUAAUUCUUAAUAGAAACGCUCAGAAACUGUCAUACGAACAUUGAUUGGGUUUUCUCGUUUCGAGCAGAGGCGGCGAAAUAUAAUUCAACAUUUCCGCGAGACAGUUGCCUUUUUCGACAGUAAUAUCACUCGGCCAGCAAUUUUAUUCCGCAGCCAAGCACCGAGUUCCCGAGACAAGCGGUGAUAUUGCUAAAAGAGAUAAAAGAGAAGUAAAACCGCGAACGCUGUCUCUUCUACCGGAGCGAAGAAAGAAUCUAGCCGAGCGAAUAUCGCGCUCGAAACUUUCCAUUAAUAUUCGGGAAAUAUUUAAACUUAGCGGGAAAGUUGAGGGAUCGUUCGAACCGUGUUAAUUCGGGCUUAAGCUCGAAGCUUGGUCACCGAACAGAGGGGGAUGGAAAAGUAGAAACUACCUGCGGAGGGUUGAAAUGAUGUACAGAGUGGAAACGGGUAUAUUGCGAGCAGUGAAUCAACAAUAAAGUUGAUCGGUGUCCUGUUUCCGUUUCAGACACCAGAACGACGUCGUUGCUUUUGUUCCAACAGUCACGUUUAUCUGAAUUAUCAGCGGGCAACAGGAUGUACGGCUAAAGUUUGUGAAAUAUCCUGAUUGUAUUUAUUGAAUUUCUGUUUGAUUGUAUUUUAUUAAGUUGCAUUUCAAAGCAUCAAAAAUCUGACAAAUUUCGGUGAAAGAAAUAUUUAUUUUUUGAAAUAGCUGAUUAAUUAAAGAAUAGUCAAACUGUGGUAAUUUGAAUACUUAAGCAAUUCUAAUAAUUUAUAAAUUUCUCGGCGGUAAGGAACAAUUAAUUACUUAUUUUAUUGGUAUUAACUAUACUGUAAAGUGAGGUAGAGAAUGUAAUUGAAAACGUUUGUAGUGAAACUUUCUGUGUCUCGUUCUUGGGUCGCGUUGAACCUGUGCACUGUAACGAGUUAGAACGGAAGUUAACUUUUCUAUUUCCCUGGCCAAGUGGACGAUUCAGAUAAUCUAGCUAAUGGAACGACAUGAUCGUUUCUUCUAACGGUAGCAAUUUAUUUUAAUAUAUUUUGCAAAACCUUUUGCGAAACGCGAAACCCAUUAACUGUCCACUCUAUAUAUCUUCUGCUAACAAUCUAGAUUUCUUUUCCGUAUUUAUAAAAAAAGAUAGUAUUAGCGCAAACCUCUUAAAUAAAGGCGAUAAACAAGUAUCCAUUUCGUAUUUAAAUUCACGAUGUAUUGAAAUAUUUCGACAACAGUACGGCGACAAUACGAAAUUUUACGACCUCUGUUCUGCGUUUCACAGAAAUUCGAGUAUACCAUUUAAUAAAUUAACUUCAGGUAAAUUGAAAUCGACCGCCAAAUGAAUGGCAUUCCGCGAUUAUAAACUUGCGAGAAAAUCAAUUGCAACCGCGAAACGAUUCACCCAAUUUUAGAACAGAAAGUUGGAUUUAUUUACACCAUAAUACCUACCUUCGUUUCAUAUUUCAGUCGCUAUUUAAAUAUGCUAUCAACAAAUAGCAGUUGUUUACUAUUUUAUAAUUAAUAUCGAGUGCUAUUAUAAUUUGUUCAAUUAGUCGUUGUCAAUACCUGCAAGAGAGUUGAAAUUGGAAAGCUGGUUCAAUGGUAUUUCGAAUAAUUGCAAUUAUAACUUUUUUCUAUAUACUGCCGUUUAUUCAGAAGCCAAUUACAAGUUGCAUUUUCGAAUGCCAAAGACAAAAGGGGAGCUUUAACUCCAGAAAAGAGAUUGACGAUCCAGUGCCGGGCCAUCGAGUUGAGAAAAGUUGGCAUCGUUUCCAGAUUUCGGUUGUUCCAAUGAAAGGGUGGUUGAGUUCGUACAGUUUGCCUCGUAAGCAAGUCGAACGACACGUCUUCCGGUUUCCGUUACGAUGCAAUUGAUCGGAUUUCAUUGUGAAACAAAAACAGCAUCCACAAUUUCGUGAUCUCCAGCCUUGCUAUCAGGCACCUUGAAGACCUAUCAGCGUGCAGCAUGCGACGAAGAGCUGAUGAUGCUCAAGUGUCCACCGGGUACCAUGAUAUCUGUCGCCUUAGCUCAGUAUGGCAGAGCCGGGGCAAAUGGCACAGGCAGGUGUGGCGCACUCGAUCCAUCUUUACUGCUCCAUGACAAACAGACAAAUCAAACUUGCAUCUGGCCCCAGUCGCUACAGUACUCACUGUUACAGACGGUAGUGGAGCAAUGUCACAAGAAGAGGCAAUGCAAGUUCAACACCAGUCCAAAGACCUUUGAAGGCGAUCCGUGUCCUGGACUUCCGAAGUACAUCGAGGUCGCCUACAAAUGCCGUCCUUAUGAAUUCAGAAGCAAAGUAGCGUGCGAGAAUGAUCAUAUCAAUCUUGCCUGCCAUCCCGGACAGAGGGUUGCAAUUUUUAGUGCAUCAUUUGGUAGAACGGAAUAUGAAUCUCAUCAGUGUCCUCAACCACACGAUGUGAAGGAAGAAACGUGCAUCGCACCGCACGCGACGGAAAUCGUGAUAAAUAUGUGCCAUGGGAAACGACGUUGCACCGUGGUGGCGAACAGUUCGACGUUUGGCGAACCAUGCAGCCUAGAGAGCCGAACUUACUUAAAAAUCAUCUACACCUGUGUACCCCGUACAGUGUUACGAGAACAAUACGGGGGUGACGUGGAACCUGACGAAGUGAACUUGAUGCACGAAUUCGAGGAGGGCUUCGACAGGGCAGACUUCAGGGCUGAAUUCAGCCCGAGUCCAAAUCUUGAAGGGCCACUUCCGCAACCAAGGGAUAACAUUUCCCGAAAUUUCCCAACGGUCAGCUCAUCUCCACCGCGUGCUCGAACGAACAACGAUGUGGACACACGAUCGAACAAGUUUAAGACACUCGGUGUAGGAGCGAAAGACUCGCCCUUAUCACCCACGAUUAAUCAAGGGACGAUAAUGUUCGACAACAACGUGGACAGUAGCGCUAGAGACGUACCCAGCAGUACCGUGUCACCGAUUAAUUGCACCACGGUUGUCUACGCCGUUCCUGGAGAGGAUCGUGUCGUUGUCGGAUAUAUCAAUGAAUGGAUCAAUGCCUAUUCAUUCAUAUCGAAGAAUCAGGAGAAAUUCUACCUCUACAUCAUAGUGUCGGUCACAGCUGGCAUUCUAAUCUUUCUGGGAUUGGUAAUUGGACGACUUCUUGUCAGCCGUCAUCGCGCGAAGAGAGAUGCAAAAUUUCACGCGAAUAACGAACCGCUUCCUAAUGGAUUCACCGAUGACAUUUCAGAGAUCGAUGCGGAUAUUGAUCUUACGACCGCUAUGCCAGUUCCCAUGCAAGACACCAGGAAUGAAAAUUUGAUUUUCAGAAUCCCAGAAACCCAACUAGCAGAGAGACUUCACGGCGAUCGUUAUUACGCGGACACGAGGAUACCCAUGUCACCCACGACGAUUCACCCCGCACCAGGUCACCACCCUGGUAAAACAGGCGUCAGGGUGGAUCUGGGUAACCAUAUGGUGGGCACCGACAGCCUACACACGAUUUUGCGCCCAGAAAACCCACGGAGCCUGAACACGAAAAGCUAUUAUUACGGCUGACAGGAGGAGGGGGGUGUCCCGCGCGAGGGACGACCCCCGUCCUUGAGCCCGGUACCGGAAGUGAGCACGCGGAAGUACUGCUUUUAAUCGAGAGUUUCUAAGGCACGAGCCACGAACGAAGCCGCUGUAAAGCACGUUCGAGAAUUAAGCGAUCCUCGCCCGUCGAUCGAUCGUUGUUUUCCUCGAGCGGAAGUUGAGUAAUCUUCGUCCUCGCGCCCGGUACCGGAAACAAGCACGUGGUGGUGAUGUUUUUCGUAUUUUCUUUCUGUUUCGCCAACUACUCGUAUUCCGUUAGCGUGUAAUUUAGUGGAUCCAAAAAUUAAUUGGAAAUUUAAUGAUCGAACACUGCGAUACCGGAAGUUCAUUUGAACGCAAGCAUACAAAAUCUGAUAUUUCUCUUAGCGAAAUCGUUUCAUGCGUGCCUAUGACCGACACCGGAAGUGAAUGAGAGCUUUAGGCCAUCCGGUUCAAAAAUGUAACACGAGUGUCUGUAAAUACGGCUUCGGUGAGCUGGAGAAUUCGAUCGAUAAUUCUUCGACCACCGAUUGAAAAUUCUUAUUAAUUGUUGAAAAUGCUGUUGUUAUUAGAGGGUGGUAUUUUUAAGAUGAACUCGAAAUUCUGGGUAAAAAUAUAUUAGCAAAAGUUAAAUUGUAAAUGAAGAGAGAAAUAUUUUAUGCGUGUAAUGUUCGUACUGCGACCGGUACCGGAAGUGAGUCGUCAAGUCUGAGAAAGCGAAUAUCAUUGUACCUAGAUUUUGAUAUCUAAACGAACGGUUCGCAUUAAAAAGACAAAAGCAAAUUUGAAGACACGAUCGAUGUUAUAGAAAAUUUGCACUUAAGCGAGUUUGUUAGAAAAUUUCCGAAUUAAAAAAAAGACACAAUUAAGUGAAAAUUAGUUACAUUUCAACAACGCGGAAUAGUUGUUUGUAAAGAAAGAAAAAUUGUCUAUAAUCGAUACAAUAAUUUCUAUUUUCUAAAGUCGGAUACUGGAGCGUUUUUAAAUUGUAAGAAUUCCUUAAUUAACCAAACUAAUUACGAAUAAAAUAUAAUGAUCGAAUUGUACCAGUAACGACGUAGUAAAGUUAAAGGAAAAAUUAACACUGCCUGUUUAACGGUAAUAAUAACAAUAACAAAUUGAUAACCUACGUAUACGUACAAUAAUCUAUUGCCAAGUUAUGUUCUUUCUUUUUAACAAAAAUCACGCACAUGUUUCUUCGGUUGUUUGAAAGCUACAUAAAGAAAUGAUUUCUUGUCGAACGAUCAAGAAGACUGUCUGCAAAACUUACUGCCUAAUCGACGAGAAAACAAAAAUACGGGUCUUUUGUUAUGAAUCAGAAUUUUCUGUUUCUCGCUCUUUCGUGGCACAAGUUAUCACGCUCAUCACGCUGCAUUAAUAUAAUCAUACUAAUCAACAGUAUCGCUCAAACUCCUCUCGAUUGAAAUCCAAUACACAGGAACAAGGUGUUAACGAUCAGAUAAAUUGAUUGACGAACGAAAACGACACGAUCGAACAAAACGAAUCGACGAUCGAUCGAUCUCAACAUAUAAUAAUCAUCUCACAGUCUCUAAACAGUUAGCACGUUAAACAAACAAUAAAAAAGAAUACGAGAAAAGUAGAAAACAGGUCGAUGGAGUAUCUAAUCCCGAUCGAUUCGGAUCGAUCGCGAUUAAAAAUCAUGUAAGUAGCCAUAAGUCCUGUGUGAACAGGAAAUCGGUUGAUCUCAACGAAGUUACAGCGGUUUUGUACUUCGACUACAGGUAUGCAAAUGAGAUGCACCGCGAAACGACUUUUAUAGAGAAACGAUCUGUAUGUAUAUCACGCUGUAAAUAGGAACAAUGUAAUUUACUGUAAGUGUUGAGAAAGUUAAUUGAAGAGAGUAAGAGAUAAGAGUGCAUGCGAGAGAGAGAUAGAAAGACAAUGUACCUAAAAAUAUUGAGAGUGUAACUUAAAUCGAAAGACGUUUCUUAUAGUCGUGAAUUACUUUCCGUGCCAUCGAUUUAUCGAUUCUACGACCAUUAAGUAGUUCUUUAACCCAACAUCAACGUUUUAUAGAAGUUCAUUUUUAAGCGGCUGUAAUUUUAGAUUAAUCGUUUCGUCGACCAUCAUUGUUAGCAGAUAAAUAAUGAUAACGUUUAUGCAUUAAUUCUAAGAGAAAAAGUUAUUAGUUCUAUGUAGAUUUUUAUAUUAGCUACGAUUCCGAGGCUCGUUUAUAAUUAAUUUUCUUUUCUACUAUUUCAUUAUUGUUAAGGUUUAACAGGAUUUUGUAAGAUUUUAACCCUUAAAUGACAAAUCAUUUCUCUAACUUUUGUUAUUGAAAUUGAAGAAAUCGAUUGAUAUUUAUUUUUACAAUUAAUUUAGAGACAGAUAUUUCUUUAAAUAAUCUCCCAAAGUAUCGCCUCAUUAAUUAACUGAUAUAUUAUACUAAUGUUAAUAAUAUAGUUUAAGAUGCCCGUAAUUUAUUAUCUCCCAACUAUUUCUUUCCUCGUUAAGUUUUCAUUUUACUAUUUUCUUAAAAUCGAUGGACGCGUCCAAGAUAUGUACACUCGGUUAUUAAUAAUCUACCUUGGGUCCAAGAUGACCCAUGGGUAAUGGCUCAACAGAAUGAAAAUUGAAGCGAAACAAAGGUUGAGAUGUUAGAAUGUAUCGAGAUUGAAAGGGUUAAAUAUCGUUCGUAGAUUCACAUAACGCACCACGUAUUCAGUAAGCAUUCUGUUUUUAUAAAUAAACCUAAACGUAUACCCGUACAAUACGUUAAUAGUGAAUACUUAUUAUUAAUCAGUUUGUAAUUUAUUUUUAGUAUUUGAGCACUUUUCUACAUUUAACUUUACCAAAGAGACUAAUCUUUACUUUCUUCCUCAUUUAACGGUACGUGACUUUAAAUUUUAAUACUUAUUUCUUUUCUUUAAUAUAAAUGAUUUAAAAUCAAUAUUAUAUUAUAGAAAAUGAAUUAGAUGGUAUGUGAAUUAUUGUAAAUUACAAGGAUUACCAGGCAUCGUUUUCUAUAUUCCAUAAGCAAGAGUGAUUGACGUUUUCAUUAUUAUAUUUAAUACUAUGCAAUUUAUUAUUUAUUCGCACGUACCAUCGUAAAUAAUUAAGAAAGCAUGUAAAAUUGUACCAAAGGAAAAUUAUGAAUAUAAGUAAUUAAGGGGCUCGGAA